ACGAAUAAGUGUAAAAUAUUUUCAAAGAGGACCCAUCAAACGAAUAUUGUUAAACAGUCAACGUUACAUGGCUCGAACACAUUUUAUACAAUAAACAAAAAAAAUUACAAAGUAAAACAAGAAAAUAUAUUAUUCCUUGGGGUUGGGCCACUUAAUUAAUAAAAACCUAACUUACUAAUAAAUGCAAAUUUCAGUUUCCAAACAAUAUUAAAUGCAUCAGCUGCAAUUCCCACCCACCUCUUUUUCUCUUCCCCUAACUAAAUUAAUUAAAAUUAAAUUUUCAAAAAAAUAAAAAAAUAAAAAUCUCUAUCACUCUCUUCUCUCUCUCUCCCACAUGGACCCAGUCUUCUUCUUCUUUACCAUCAAAUGUCAACACUCGCCUCCUCCGCCUCCGUCUUCCUAGUCCACCCUCCCCUUCCACCGUCGCCACCACAAGCAGGCAACCACUCUUACCUCACAACUCUAGGCUUUGGCUACUCCAUAGCCAUAGCUCUCGGUUUUCUCGUCCUUCUCUCGACCGUCCUUUUAUCCUCAUACAUCUGUUGCCGUGACUCUCGCCGCCGCACAACCGCCGUGGAAUCCACAGGCGAUCGUGGCGGAAGUGUAAUCCUCCCCCGCAUAAUCUUUGUCGCCGAGGAAGACAAUGAAGAUCUCGAAGCAGGUGAUGUCGUGGUGGGACUUGAUCAAGCCGUCAUCAACUCAUACCCUAAGUUCCACUUUUCCAAAGAUACCUCCGCCGCGUCCUCAGAUGGCUUUGGUGGCGGAGGAGACACAACGUGCUCGAUCUGUUUAUGUGAGUAUAAAGAAGCGGAGAUGCUGAGGAUGAUGCCGGAGUGUAAACACUACUUCCAUUUGUGUUGCCUUGAUGCGUGGCUUAAACUCAACGGAUCUUGUCCCGUUUGUCGGAACUCGCCGCUUCCAACGCCGACUUCAACGCCUCUGUCAACGCCUUUGUCAGAAGUUGUGCCUCUCUCCCAGUACGCGGCCGAUCGGAGGAGAGCAAGAAGAUGAUAUUAUUAUUACAUAGAUCCAUUCGCCUAAAUUAGGGUAAUUCCUAUUUAUUAUUUUUGCUCCGUUUCAUUACAACUUUACUGAUUUGUAAUUAAAAAAAAUCCGUCAAAAGUGGAGUUUGCCAUUAAUUUCAUCGAAAUGAAAUCUAGUUUGAAUCGUUUACUAACCUUACAAAAUUUAUCCUUUUCUAUUGGCGUUUUUGAACGUUUUUUUCCGUUUCCCCUAUCAAUAUGAGCGGUUCAAAAUAAAAUACGCGUCCGUGUUGUGUAACUUAAAUAAAAGAGUUUGAGUUUGAACAAGGCAACUUACUUUUAGUUUUUUGUUGUUUUUUGGUCAAGGGUCGGAAACUAAGUUUAGUUAAAAUAUUAGAUUUGUUGAAUGUCGGAAAUAGAUGUUUCUAAAGUUGGGAACAAAAAGAGUUACGACUUAAGAUAGUAUAGUUUUUUUUAUUGCAUAGCGAGUACAGAAGAUGAAUUCAACGUCGUAAACUCGUAGGUCCAAAUGUUGGUCGAGUUAAAGUGUACUCUAGGAC